AUGAAGACCGCCGCUAUUGCUGCUUUUGUUGCCAUUGUCGCCGCUGGUGAUGUUCAUUAUGAGGCCCGCCCUGCCCCUCCUGUCCAGGUCAUCCCUGUCGGCGAUUAUCAGACCAAGCCUGAGACCAAGCCUGAGAUCAAGUCUGAGAUCAAGCCUGUCUACGAGGAGCAUCCCGCUGGUGGUUAUCCGGCCGGAAAGCCUUACGAGUGGAAGCCUGAGAUCAAGCCUGUCCACGAGGGGCAUCCCGCUGGUGGCUACGAGGCCAAGCCCGAGAUCAAGCCUCUCCACGAGGGUCGUCCUGCUGGCGACUACCAGGCUGGCAAGCCCUAUGGUUGGAAGCCUGAGGUCCAGCCCGGACACGAGGGUGGCCGCCCUUCCGGUGAUUACCAGUGGAAGCCCGAGACUCAGCCCGGAUAUGAGGGUGGUCGUCCUGCUGGCGAUUACCAAUGGAAGCCCGAGAUCAAGCCCGGCCACGAAGGACGCCCCGCCGGCGACUACGCCUCUAAGCCCCAAACUCUCCCUGCCCACGAGAACCACCCCACUGGCAGCUACCAGGCCACCAAGCCCUACGACUGGAAACCAGAGACUCUGCCCGCCCAUGAGGGCCGCCAUAGGGGCAAUUACCAGUGGAGCCAGGAAAACAAACAUUUCGUGGAGGGCCGCCCAGCCCACGGGGGUCAUCGCCCGGCCGGGGACUACCACUCCAAGCCUGUCGCAAUAUACGUGACCCCAGUCUACAACGCCCCGGGCCACAACUCUGGCAGCUGGUCGCCCUACCCUAUUGAGGGCCCGGCCCACAAGGGCGAGUACUCCAACGGCGGUGGCCACUCGGGCCCCGGCUCUGUUAUCCCCGGAUCUAACCCCGACAGCUGGUCGCCUUUCCCCAUUGAGGCCCCUCCUCAUGGCUAUAAGUACCCAGUAGGUGGCCACUCUGGCCCUGUUGUUGCUGGUCCCACUCACAAUGUCCAGCACUCUACUGAAUAUGUCGCAAAGCCUGCUCCUUUGCCCCUGCUGCCCAUUGUCGCUCCCGCUCAUGAUGACAAGUACACCAACGGCGGUAGCAGCUCGGGGCCUGGUCCCAUUGUCGCUCCUUCCCGCGAGGGUGCCGCCCCGGCAUACCGGGCCGAUGCUCCUCGCUACUAA